AUGACUGAACAAAUAUCACCUGCUGCGGCUAGCGAGAAGCUGGCGGACCUGUCCGUGAAAGAACAGAACAUCACACCAUGGGACGUGGAGGGCGCUGUUGAUGAAAACGGUCAGUCCCAGGAUAUUGACUACGACAAGCUGAUCAAGCAAUUCGGAACCAAGGCUGUCGGUGAGGAAACCUUGCAGAGGUUCGAACAGGUGACAGGCCACAAGCCCCACCACUUCCUGCGCAAGGGCUUGUUUUUCAGUGAGCGUGACUUUAACAAGAUCCUUGAUCUGUACGAGCAAGGCAAGCCUUUCUUCCUGUACACAGGGAGAGGGCCCUCUUCGGACUCCAUGCAUCUGGGCCACAUGGUACCAUUUGUUUUCACUAAAUGGCUACAGGAUGUGUUCGACGCUCCGCUAGUAAUUGAGUUGACCGACGACGAAAAGUUCUUGUUCAAGCAGAAACUAACCAUCGAGGACGUCAAGCGCUUUGCUCGCCAGAACGCCAGCGACAUCAUCUCUGUCGGCUUCAACCCCCAGAAGACUUUUAUUUUCUCAGACCUUGCUUACAUGGGCGGCGGUUUCUACGAAACUGUCGUGAGAGUUUCCAGGCAAAUCACAGGCUCCACUGCCAAGGCUGUCUUCGGUUUCAACGACUCUGACUGUAUUGGUAAGUUCCACUUUGCCUCUAUCCAGAUUGCCUCCGCGUUCCCAUCUUCGUACCCAGACGUUUUGGGAAUUCCAAACAAGACACCUUGUCUGAUUCCAUGCGCGAUCGACCAGGACCCAUACUUCAGAGUGUGCAGAGACGUUGCCGAGAAACUGAAGUUCUCCAAGCCUGCGCUGAUCCACUCUAAAUUCUUCCCUGCUCUUCAAGGCUCUACCACGAAGAUGAGUGCCUCAGACGACACUACAGCUAUUUUCAUGACCGACACUCCAAAGCAGAUCCAGAAAAAGAUCAAUAAGUACGCUUUCUCCGGCGGUCAAGUGUCUAUUGAGGACCACAGAAAGCUGGGCGGGAACCCGGACGUGGACGUAGCCUUCCAAUACUUGAGCUUCUUCAAGGACGAUGACGAGUUCCUGGAGGACGUUUACAACAAGUACAAGAGCGGCGAGCUCCUCUCCGGAGAAAUGAAGAAGCUUUGUAUCGACGUUCUUCAGGAGUUCGUUAAGGAAUUCCAGGAACGCAAGGCUAGAGUUACUGAUGAAGUCAUUGACCAAUUCAUGCAGCCCCACAAGCUGGUUUGGGGCCAGCAGGAGAGACUGGUUCCAGUCAAGCCCAAAGAGAAGAAGUGA